UGCACUAUUUCUAUUCAGGUCCCCGAAGAAUGUUACAACUCCAUAUAGCCCCUUUGGUUGAGCUACCCUAGUACCCUUCGCUGCGAACUUUCCAAUUAAGCCUCUAAGAAUCCGACCUUGUAGUUGGAGCCGCUCCCUGCGCCGCCUCCACCUCCCCGGCCGGAGAAAGCCCUAAUGCCGCGGCGGCCGGAGGCCUGAGGUCGACGGAGAUGGGUGGGGUGACGUCCUCGGUGGCCUCCAAGCUCGCGUUCUUCCCUCCCGACCCACCGUCUUACGGCGUGGUCGACGAGGAGGAGCCGCCGCCGGAGGCGGCGGCGGCGGUUGCCGCACCGGGGACGACUACCACGGCGGCGGAGGGCGAUGCGGAUAAGGGGACCGCGAGGAGGGUGGCGAUCACGGGGGUGCCUUGGAGGGAGGGCGUGGAGGCGAGGCGGGUGCGGACGCGGCGGGGCUCGGAGAUCAUCACCAUGUACGUGCGGCGCCCCGAGGCGAGCCUCACCGUGCUCUUCUCGCACGGCAACGCCGCCGAUCUCGGCAAGAUGUACGGCAUCUUCGUCGAGCUCAGCGCCACCCUCCGCGUCAACCUCAUGGGGUACGACUACUCUGGUUAUGGACAGUCAUCAGGCAAGGCAAGUGAAGCUAAUACCUUUGCUGACAUAGAGGCUGCAUACAAGUGUCUUGUGGACGUUUACGGGACUAGGGAAGAAGACCUUGUUCUGUAUGGUCAGUCUGUCGGUAGCGGACCCACUCUUGAUUUAGCUGUUCGUUUGCAUCGCAUAAGAGCUGUUGUUCUGCACAGUCCCAUACUGUCUGGUUUACGUGUCAUGUAUUCUGUGAAGAAAACGUACUGGUUUGACAUAUAUAAGAACAUUGAUAAAAUUUCUCUUGUCAAAUGUCCGGUUUUGGUAAUUCAUGGCACAAAUGAUGAUAUUGUGGACUGCUCCCAUGGAAAGCGGCUCUGGGAGCUGUGCCAGCAGAAGUAUGAACCUUUGUGGAUUGAGGGGGGUGACCACGGUAACUUGGAGACCUUCCCAGUGUAUGUUAGGCAUUUAAAGAAGUUUUUAUCGGCCAUGAAAAAAUUGCCAGUCGAAAAAGAAGCAUCAGCUGAGAAUGAAGAAUUGCUAGCUGAAAACAAAACACCACCUGAUAGUGUAGCUCUUUCGGAGGUUCCUUGCAUGACCUCACGAAGGUUAGAGCCAUCAAGGGAGAGCACAAUUCAUGAGCAGCCUAGGCUGAGCACCGAACAUGUAGAUAAACGCAGGCGAAGCACGGGUCAUAGAGAAAAGGUAAGAUCCAACACAGACAAGAAAGAGAAAUCAAGGAGAAGCGUCGACUGGUUUGACAGGAUUAAGGAAGAAAAUGAGCAAACAGAAAAGCCAAGGAAAAGCUUUGAUAGGAUUGGAGAGAAGAUUAGAUCAAUGGGGCUGUGCAAUGUUGAUUGCUUCAAAGAGCCUCCUCAAAGCACUGAGCCUUGUUGAGGUCAGUGACUGAGAUUUGUUCCCAAUCUGCUUAGAUAUCAACCCAGUUUGUGUGCUCCGUGCGAUGGAAAUCAUAAAAUGUCCACAAACAUUAAACAGGAAUAUACUACGAUUUUUAAGUCAGCUUUAGCUUCUUUGCCCUCGUACUUUGGUUCAAGUUUGUAAACACAGAGCUGCGAUUUGUACAGAUGAUUGUUCAGUCUGGUAUCGGCAAGAAAGAUGGCUUUCGAAAUUGAACAAUGUUAAUGCAGCACAAUGGAUACCUUUG